AUGAACGAAGGCUCGUUGUGGUAUAAGAUGAUGCCUGCCGCCAUGUUGCUUUUCUUCAAUUUUGGUUUGAUAGUAUGGGCUGUUUCAUCAGCUGAUUUCGCUCACAGAGGCGUUCUAGCCACCAAUCAACUGACCAAUCGUCUUGUAUUUGCCCAUUUCAUGGUAUGUUCAGAGCAGGGAAGACAUCCGAUCAAUAUGAACAACCCAUUGACAUUGACCUAUCAACAGAUUGGGUCAACCAGUAACCGCCAGAACACAUCUGACUACGACGAGGAUAUGCGGCGCGCAAAGUCUCUGGGAAUUGAUGCCUUCGCCUUGGACAUUGGUGUAGAUACGUACACCAAUCACCAGCUCGACAUGGCAUAUGAAUCUGCUGCACAGAAUGCGAUGAAAGUCUUUAUUUCGUUCGAUUUCAAUUGGUGGAAGACCGACCAGGCAGUAAAAAUCGGCGAGAUGAUUGCUCACUUUGCGACUAGGCCCGCUCAGCUGAUCGUCGACAACAAAGUGUUCGCUUCGACUUUCGCAGGAGACGGACUAGAUGUACCAGCAUUGAGAGCCGCCGCUGGAAUUCCAAUUUUCUUUGCACCCAACUUCCAUCCAGGGCUUGGCGCUGACGUCUCCUCCGUUGAUGGUCUGUUCAACUGGAUGGCUUGGCCCAACAAUGGAAGAAACAAAGCACCCACUCCGCACAGCAAUGUUUCUGUCGGCGAUGGCGACCGGGUAUAUAUCAACGCGCUUGCAGGAAGGCCCUACAUAGCUCCUGAACCUCGGAAAGCCGUGUCCCCAUGGUUUUUUACACACUUUGGACCCGAAGUUUCCUACAGCAAGAACUGGGUAUUUCCUUCGGACUUGCUUUGGUACGAUCGAUGGCAUGAGAUAUUGACUAUGCUGCCCCGCUUCAUUGAGAUAGUGACAUGGAAUGAUUAUGGCGAGUCCCACUAUACGGGCCCUUUGCAUGCGCCCCACACUGACAACGGGGCUUCUAAAUGGGUCAAUGAUAUGCCCCAUGGCGGAUGGUUGGAGAUGGCCAAGCCAUUUAUUGCUGCAUUCAAGGCAGGAGCAUCUUCUCCAGAUGAUUACAUUACCUCUGACCAGUUGAUCUACUGGUAUCGCCCUGCACUGCGCGGUGAAGAUUGCGACUCCACAGAUACAUGUACUGUUCAAGCGAACAACAGUAGUGGGGAUUAUUUCUUUGGUCGGCCAGGUGGCUGGGAAUCUGUGCGUGAUUCUGUGUUCGUGGUCUCAUUGCUACAGAGUCCUGCAUCGAUCCAGAUCAACUCCGGUGGCAGACUGUACCAAUAUGAUGCGCCAGCAGGAGCAUUUUCCCAAGUAGCACCCAUGAAGUCCGGAGAUCAAUCUUUCUCAGUUUACCGUGAUGGAAAGACUAUCCUUGCGGGGACAAGUCUGAAACGAAUUAUCGAUGGCUGUGUCUGUGGACUUUAUAACUUCAACGCUUACGGUAAGCUCUUGGCUCAUCAGCCUUUUAUCUCGAGCUCUAACCUUCGGGUCUAA